GCUGUGUUUCUGUGUGGGGCGUACAGCUCGGCAGCGUCGCGUCUACCUACCAGCUCCAGGAAUGGACUGACUCUCUAGCUUCACCACCACUGAACAAAAUCCACUAUUUCUCCACCACGACUCGCUUCAAGGGACAAACGUUCAGAGUUUGUUUGGUUUUUUUCUACUCGCGCUCGGGCUCCAUUUUUAAUUUUAAGUUGUUUUUCCGACCGAGCGACAACGCAGAUUUUUUUUGGCCCCACUCGCGAGACUUAUUUGUAGCCGUUGGACGAAACGGGAUUCAACUUAAACGAACCCGCAGACAUUUUGUUAUUUCUGAAAAUUAGACAAUUUUUUUCCUCACCCCUCUUACUUUCUUUUCCGCCAGCGUAGUCGCAAACGGGCUUGAAGAAAGCGAACCGAAAGCUUUUUGAAGGACCCACCACAAGGCGACUGAAGACACCAUUACACCCUCCUCUCGCUAGCUACUCGUCCAAACACCGCUCUCUCUCUCUCUCUCUCUCUCUCUCUCUCUCUCUCUCUCCCCCUCUCUCUCUCUCUCUGUGUGUGUGUGUGUGUGUGUGUGUGUGUGUGUGUGUGUGUGUGUGUGUGUGUGUGCGCACCAACGUUAUUAAUUUACACGCGUUGUGCUCGCGUCGUCGCCGCUGCCGCUUGAGCGUUGAGGCGGAGGAAAGAAAGAAGCUUUGCAGCCGCGAUGGAUCAUUGACUGACAGCUUUUGAAGAAUUAGCUAGCUUAGCCAGUGAGGAGCCAGCGCUGAUGGUGGUUUCCUGUCCACAGACACAGUAAAUACGGGAGUCGGGACAGGUACAGCUGAAUGGUUUUUGCUAUCACCGAGACAAGACACCGACUGUUUUACCUCGCUUGCGGCUAAAACAAAAAAAAAAAAAAAAAAAGUGCAUUACUCACAUUCAGCGUGGUUAUUUAUUUUUUUUUUUUUUAAGGGGGGGUCGCUUCGCUAGCUACCAUUAGCUAGUCAUCCUGCUAACGCUGGACAGCUCCUGUUAGAGGCUGGGCCAGUUUUGGACAAAGGACCAACGCAAGGAAAAAUAUAAACACAGAGCACUCAGUUGAUCGUGUUUGACAGCAACAAACAAGGAAUUGACAUGAUGUUUCCACAAUCAAGACACUCAGCUUCAUCGCAGCAGCUGAAAUUCACAACCUCUGACUCCUGUGACAGGAUCAAGGAUGAGUUCCAGUUCCUCCAAGCACAAUACCACAGUUUGAAGCUUGAGUGUGACAAGUUGGCCAGUGAGAAGUCAGAGAUGCAGCGCCAUUAUAUCAUGUACUAUGAGAUGUCCUACGGGCUCAAUAUUGAGAUGCACAAACAGGCUGAGAUAGUGAAGAGAUUGAACGGGAUCUGCGCACAAGUCCUCCCCUACCUGUCUCAGGAGCACCAGCAGCAGGUCCUGGCGGCCAUAGAGAGGGCCAAGCAGGUCACCCCCCCAGAGAUGAACUCCAUCAUAAGGCAGCAGCUCCAGGCUCACCAGCUGUCUCAGCUCCAGGGUCUGGCCCUGCCCAUGACCCCUCUGCCGCUGGGCCUGAGCCAGCCAACCCUCCCUGCCGUCACCACCUCCUCCGGUCUCUUCUCCCUCUCCUCCCUGCUGGCCUCCCAAGCCCAGCUGGCCAAGGAGGAGAAAGCAUCACGUGACGGAGUUGACAGCCACCGCGAGGAGGACGGAGACAAGUCUGAUUAGAUGGUGUCCCCCAUUCAGCUCUGUUUUUAUCCAGAGACCUGAAUACCCAAAUCUGAGCCCCCCUUGGCCUACAGCCUCUCCCCUGGUCUCCCUCUCUCUGACCUUAGCAAACAUGGGUUUCACUCCCAUCCCUGCAGCUCCAGUUACAGACCCCUAACCGUGUCCUUAUGUCCUGAUCUCUUCAUAUUUUUCACACUUGGGUUGUUUCUUUACCUUCCCUUUCGUUGUCUUUUUUGUAUCCGAUUUAACUUCAGUUUUUUUGGGUUUAUGUUUUUUAUCAGGACAACUUUCUAUUUCUGUUCCUUCCUGCCUCCCUGUCGCACUGCCUCUGAGUUCUUAUUCCUGUUUAGUUUCUGUUUUUUUCCCUCCAUGCCUCUUUCUCCCACUCUCCUCCACCUCUUGCCUCUGUUCUAAGCAGGUCCUUGUUAUGUAGGACUGAUCUGUGAGACUGAACGCACUGUACUGUAGGUGUUAAAACAGGCUAAAUGUUAAACACAGGGAUUCUUGGCAAGCUGUAAAACUUGUCAGACACAACACAGGAUUCCUACAAACUUCAUUUUCCUAAGACAGAGGUCUUACAGAGAUCAGUAGUGUUGAUAUUUUUGGCAGUUGAGAUUGCAUGCAUUGAUUCCAAGCUAAAGGUUGAGUUUUGAAUUGAAACGGUGGGUUGUUAUGGCUCAGAUAAAGUACUUAAAUAGUGCCCUCAUGCCCCGGAUGAAGAGACAAACGCCGCUAAACCUGCACAGACGUCCCAACCAAAAACUGCUGCUUUCAGAGCAGAAUCUUUGUAAUGAGAAAGCCAUCUCCAAUCGACAAACUAGAGAUGUUGUGUAUAAUCCUAAAUUUAUAUGGAUGAAGGAAAAGCACCUUCUUAGAGCAAAUUUCAUGCGGAGAGCUGUCAGAAUAGAUAACAAACCCACCUUAGUAAGUAAUCCCCCCUACUUACGAUCCUCGCCUGACCCUGUGAGGUACGUCAGAUAAAUCCACCCAGCACCUUAACUGAAAGGCAACAUUUUCAUCAGUAGUUAACUACAGAGAGAUGCCACUUGACUCCUGCACCCUCCCACCACCUUUUUUUUCAUCUUUAAUGUGCACUAACAUUAGAGCAGGCACUGAGGGGAGAGAGUGUGCAUGUUGUGUGUUUGACAGCAGAGGGCAGUGUGUGUCUUUGAGGAAUGCUCCUCACUGAGUUUAGACCUGAGCAAAACAAGGACAAGACAAUGACAGAAUACAGGCUGUGUCACAAAGGGAGAAUGGCUUAUUUAUCCACUCUGUGUGUACAAACUUAAUAUACAGAGACUAGACUGGUGACAUUAAUCUCUGCAUGCGGUCAGUCCCGGUCUCUGUCAUGAUCCAGUUCUUGAGAAAUGGUCUUUGGUCUAUUUUAAGGAACAUCUCGGCGUGAAACUAAAACACAACUUGGACCCGUGCUUUUGAUCCUGUUCUGUAAAUUCAGAUUUAAAUACUGUACAUGUUGAUUCACUGUAAAUAUACAACUCUGUCACAUAUCACACUAACACGACAUUAUACAGAGGAUUUAACACCUACAUACAACACCGAGUGGGAGAUCAACAAACCUAUCAAAAUCAAAUCAGUGCAGAUCACACAGAUGAAGCACAAGCGUCCUCCACAGCUGCUCUGAUGAAAAAAAAACACCUCCCCCUCAUUCUCACACACACCUACUCAGCUGUUUUCAAUUACCUUGUCCGAUUGGGCCUCUAGUCAGGUGGCGAUUAGGUAAAACUGUGUGAUGUCAUCAAACUCUGGCUGUGUUAAAAAAAAUCUUAGGUGUCUCAAAAAAACGCUUAGGAUAUAAUCGCAACAUCCCCAGUUUGAUUACAGCAGGAGACCUUUGUUGAAGGAUAAUGCCCCAUUUAAUUACUUGGGUUUAAUUACCUAGUGAUGAACUUAUGUGAGGCGUCCGUGUUCAUUUGGCUUUCAGGCAUUUCUGUAUUAUUAAGGGGCCAAGUCAGAUAUAGCAGAGUCCCACGAAGAGGUCUAAUCAGGCAGCAAGUGGAAAACACCUGUGUGGGUGGACUACGGGUGUGUAAGGGGCUUUAGUAGCAGCCAAAAUGGCCCCAUUAAAUGUCUACAAGCCAAGAUGAAAUUAAAAUUUUUAGGGUGUUUUGCAAACGCAUACAUUUCUAGCAGAGGUAGCCUCAGUGGUAAUUGAACCCUGGACCUUGGCACUGUCGGCCCUCAAAGAUUGUUUGAUCGACUGUGAGUCGAACGGUGGCGGUUUGAGUGUUGAUUUGAAGACAGCCUAUGUAUGAAGCUGUUUAAUACCACACACAUACACACACUUUUCCUAGCCUCCCCUCUCUGUCUUAAUGGCUACACUGUGAGAAUGAAUUGAUUAUGAAGAGUUUCAUUCUAAAAUAAUAAUGUUAAUUUGGAAAAUCACUACUCCCUGGCAUGAAGCACAUUUUAUUGUUAAAUUCAUUCAUAAAGCAACAACUAUAGAACCCGCAGAAUAAAACCCUUCACGUGUCUAAAAGCUGAGAUAACAUACUGUUGGUGACGUUGGUGGGACUCCUUCAAUGACGCCCAUUGUUGUGUAUGUAUAUGAUACAUAAACAAGGUGUCUAUAAAGCGUUGUAUAGGUUUGGUCGUCGACGAUAAACCACAGAAAUAAAAUGCGUUGCUGUUCUUACUACAACUAAAGCUAACAUGCUAUUCUGCUUGUGAAUUAAGCUCACAGCACAUCGUCCUCCCAUCUAGCCACAUACUGUAUGUAUCUAGCUACAUACUGUACUUGUCGUAGUGAUACGCAGAGCGUGUAGACAAAGCAAGACACACACACAUGCACACACACACACACACACACACACACACGCAUCAAUGCAUGUCUGCGGGGGAACCGAGAUUGAUUUCUUUCUAGUGGAGACCAUUUUUUUAAAAGAAUGUUUGGUCCAAACUUUCUGUGAUCAAUGCACUUGUUUUUGUUCCUCUUCUUUGUUUUGAAAUAUUAAUCGAUAUGAAUUAGAACGAGAAUUACAAAGCUGACGUUAUAAACAUACAAAUGAAAUUCUAUGUAUUUGUUAAAGUAGUUGGAGGUGCUCGCCUCUGUAUACAGUUAUACAUAGAAAGCUUUAUGUGUAUAUAGCUGCAUCUUUUCUUGUCUGUCCUGGAUGAUUCUUGUGCUAUUGUGUUACAAAACUGAUGUGACACCAGGGGGGAAACUGCAGUACAUUGACCUUUUGCCCUUUGACCCCUUUCUUCUUCUCUGACCCCCUCCUAAUCCCCUUUAGUCCCAUGCCACAUCCUACCUUUCCAACUUUUUGCCCCCAUAGCGUGAAGCAUUGUAAGCGUUUUGAGCUUUGUAAAGGUCUUUUUUUAAAUACUUAUUUUGUGCAUAAUGUAAAACCUGAAAGUGUGUACUUUGGCAAAAAAAAAAAAAAAAAGUUUUGUGUCUGAAAUCAUAGCUUCAUUGAAACAAAAAAAGAAACUAUAAAAAAGUACAACAAACAUUUACUAUAAAUAAUAUGAAAUGUUCUGCAGUAAGGAAGGACUUCUGGUGCCUUACAAAUAAAGUCAAUCAAAUCAUAAGAAA